AUGGAUAAUUCGGUGGUCGAGUGGAGCGCCGAAGAGGUGGGCGUUUGGCUCGAGAGGAAUGGCUUCGAGACGUACGUCCGGCAGUUCCGCGACGAACACAAGAUCGACGGCAAUUGUUUGCUUACGUUGACCGAAGACGACCUCCGGAGCCCUCCCCUCCUGAUAGCCGUCUUGGGAGACAUCAAACGACUGGGCAUUGCGUUGAGAGCUCUUCAGGACUCGAACGCAGCGCUCGUCUUCUCACUGAUGGGUCGACCACUGAUGGGAUCCCACGACAAGUCUCACCACUCAUUCAAAUCGCAUAACAAUCACAUGAAUCACGCGAAUAUGGAUUAUCUUCCCGACGACUACUCCGACGACUUCCCGCUUAACCACAGGAGUGAAUCGCAUCCGCAGAUGAAACCCGAGUCGUGGAAAGCGCUCAUAGCUAUGCUCUACUUCUUCACCGCCACUUGGAUUACGGCUAUCGUUAUGGUCAUCGUUCACGACAGAGUGCCUGAUAUGCAGACAUACCCACCACUUCCCGACAUAUUCCUCGACAACAUACCACUCAUUCCCCACGCCUUCAAUAUGUGCGAAAUUUAUUCUGUUGAGGCGAAUGUUCUCAUUGUUUGGCUCAGUAUUCUUCCUGAGGUGCGUAACGAUGUUAAUAACGUCGCUAUCAGUUCCCGGACGUCAUCUCCAAUGCAAAGCCAGAGUAUGUCUCAGAGAAUGGAUUUGCUGUCAAACAGUAUUUCCAAUACCGGUAUCACUUGUAUUAAAUCACUGUUUGUGUUUAUAACGUCGCUAUCAGUUCCCGGACGUCAUCUCCAAUGCAAAGCCAGAGUAUGUCUCAGAGAAUGGAUUUGCUGUCAAACACCGUAUGGCAGUUGGUUCGAGCGCGUGAACCAGGCGUUCCUCAUAUGGCAGGGCGGAGGGAUGUCUAUCCAAGGGGUCCGCACGUGUGGCGACUACAUGUUCAGCGGACACACCGUUGUGCUAACUUUACUCAACUUUUUCAUAACUGAAUACACCCCCACGAGUCUCUACCUGGUGCACACCCUAUCAUGGGUUCUGAAUCUAUUCGGCAUAUUCUUCAUACUGGCCGCUCACGAGCACUACUCCAUCGACGUGUUCAUCGCGUUCUACAUAUCGACGCGACUCUUCCUCUACUACCACACUCUGGCCAACAAUCAGGCGCUCUAUCAGAACGACCGCAAACGGACGCGAAUCUGGUUCCCAUUGUUCUACUUCUUCGAGUCCGGCGUUCACGACAUCGUUCCCAAUCAGUUCGAGUACCCCAUGAGUUCGCCCAAACACCGGCUCACCCUAUUUCUUAAGAAACUAAUGCCAAAAGUCUUCGACAAAAGCAAACAGUUAUAGGUAAUCAUAGGUUGAAUGAUCCGAUCGAGUGAACAAAUUAAAUCAUAAGUAUUUUUAAGUUAUUUCACCGUUAAUCCUAUUUAUUGAUUAUUUAAUUAUUUAAUUAUUGGCAGUUAUUGUAAGUUUUUAUUUUUAAUUUAUAAUAAUUAUAAAAAUCUGUUUUUUUAUAUCUAA